AUGGACUCAUCGUCACAAUCACGGGCAGCAACAACAACUUUUGUUGCAGCGGCAGCAGCUGCUGCUGCAAUGGUCACAAUGGCUGGAACCGUUUGGUUAAUGACGCCCGCCAACUUUGACGAGGACAUUUCGGAAGAAUUGUUGGAUGUCAAUGGGAGACGGAAACCCAAAAGCAGCUUACUCAACGGUACCAAAUCACCGAGACGUCGACGGAGGCCGCGGAACCACAGACGAGUACGUUGGCAGGAUCAGGCGGUAUCUUCGCCACCUGCGUCUCUGCCUUCUACCGGCAAUACCUCUACAUCUACAUCUACAUCUACAUCAUCGUCAUCGUCAUCAUCGUCCCUACUGCUGAAACAGGAUUCAUCACAAGCACUACUGUCCGCGUCUGAACCAACGCCAGAGUCAACAUCAGAGUCAGAUCCAUUAACAUCACCAUCGGAUUCAAAGGAGAAUCAAUCAAGUCUGGCACAGUAUAGUGAAGGCAAUAAUAAUGGCAAUACCAUUGGCAGUUAUUCUGAAUCACCCAGCAACAAGUCAUCCACGUCGUCAUCCACAUCAUUUUGGUCGUCACCAUCAUCACCAUUGGCAAGACUGUCCAAGAUGCAAGAAUCGGCAGCAAAAGCAAUUGUCAACUCGGUUACUGGGUCAGAACAAAAGCGACAAAAUGAUGAUGAUGAUGAUGAUGAUAAGAAGAUGAACCAAAAUCGAAUCAUGAGGAAUGGCGACUCACGAACAAAUAAUGGUUCAUCAUCAAAUGCAGGCUCGAUCAAGGGCCACAAGAAUCGUAGCAGCAGCAACAGCAGCAAUGGUUCAGAAACUCCGUACAUGCGAUUCAUUCAGUAUCUAAAACCAUUACGAAAGGAUGCCUGGGAGGAACCCGACGUGGAAUCCUUCAUGGUAAGGGGACCCACUUACACGAAGAACAGCAAGAAGAUCAAUUCGGACAAGCCUGCUUUUUCCCUGUUGACGGUAGACUUGAUUCAGCACAUUGGUCAAGAACCGUACUACCAACCCAUUUGUGGUCAUCCUAGAGAAAGAGUCCAACAAGCUAUUAAGCGAGAAGAAGAGUUCGGGAGUGCCGACAAGGAAUUGCCGCCCUUUGUCUUUGCGGUCAAUCUAUGUUUGCCCUCCUCCACGGUUUCGACCAACAAGAAUAAUGGUACCGCCAGUACUACCAAUCUGUACCAUCAUCAAGUUUCCUACUUUGCCGUUGAAAACAUGGACGAAAUUGAAAAUGAGACGACUCCCUUUGGAAAACUCAUGAAGAAAUUCAUUUUUGGAGAUGACGAUUCCUUUCGUGACAAGACCUUCAAGUUGAUUCCACGAAUAGUCAAGGGCAAUAUAAUUGUAAAGAGGGCUGUGGGAAGUAAACCGGCCAUUAUCGGGAAGAAAGUCAACCAACAUUACUUUCGGGGAGAUCGUUAUUUUGAAAUCUUGGUGGAUAUUGGCAGCGACUCCAUUGCUGACCGGAUCGUCCGACUUGCCUUGGGAUAUGCCAAGUCGUUGGUGACGGAUAUUUGCUUUGUACUGGAGGGAAAUGAUAUAGACACUCUUCCAGAACGAAUCUUUGGAGGAGUCACUUUGAAGUAUAUUGACUUUAAAUCCAAGGACGGAAAUCGACGAAUGUUGCCACUGGAUUACACGCCGUAG